CAGAUUGGCGCUGGAUGACACGGAGGAAGUGCGCGUACGGUUCAGUGUUAUCAUAUAUAUCUUUCGCAAUAACGAACAGAGCUCGAAAAUAAAAAUAAAAAAAACAAACAAUUUAAAAACCGUUCGCAAAAAAUCGUAAUUCAACUGGUUGGUUUUAUAAAUAUAAAAAAAUUGUUGAUAAUUAGUGUUUGCUGAUAUACAACAUCGCUUCGAGGAAAAAAAAAAAGACAGAUUCAGAGAGUCUGUGUGCGUAUGUGCCCGUAUAUGUGUAAGUGUGUGUAAGAGUGAAAGAGAGAGAGACACACAGAGACAGAGACCGUUAAGUGAAAACGGUGGGUUGCACGAGAGAGCACCACCGCUCGUGAAUUCUCGUUUCGUCCUGUUUUCCUAAGUUAUUUUUUUUUGUAAUUGUGUCAAUUUUUUCGUGUGUUUUGUCGAAAUACCGUUUUUUGUCACGUUAACGCCGCCGUUUCGUACGGCCGCGAUGCCCGUUACGAGUGGCACGAAAAAUCCUGACGAGUGCAUCGGGAUCGUUGUCGACACGAGGCUUAAUAAAAUCACGAGCAUCAAGCAAUACGUCGAUGAUCCAAGAGACAGUGCUUUAGUCGUUAGUUACUUUUAGUUCGUGUUCUGACAAGAAGUAAUCCUUCAGGAUGAAGAUCGACAGAAGCAGAUUAAAAAAAUGCACCUCCGAUGCGCCUGCGGAAUGCCAGGCGCUCAUCAGCAAACUCAGAUCUUGCUCGCACAGCGAACUUCUGGAGGAAUUGAAACAGCUGGACGCUUGGACUUUCGGAAAAUGCGAAUUGUUCCACUGGAUAGACGUUCUUGAUCUAAGCGAUAGUAUUCUCGAAGAAUCUGUCGCCAGAAGCCCUGACAAUCCUUGGGAACUUGCUUGCGAUCUGCCUCAAAAUCGAGAGGCCAAAGAACUUCUUCUAUGGGUUCUUCAUUUCACAUCUCUACUUAUCGAACACUCGUUCUCUAGACAUUUGUACAACAGCAUGGAACACCUUGUGACACUAUUGUCCAGUUGUGAUAUGCACGUUGUUCUUGGUGUUUUAAAUCUUCUGUACAUGUUCAGCAAACGAAGCAACUUUAUAUCGCGUCUAAACAAUGAGAAAAGACAAGCACUGCUCAGCAGGCUGAAUCACUUGGCUGAGAGUUGGGGUGGUAAAGAAAACGGUUUUGGUCUAGCAGACUGUUGUAAAGAACAUCCAGAGAAGAGUUUCCCAGCCAGUGCAACAACCCUUCACUUCGAAUAUUAUGCGGAAAAUAAUGCAACUCCGACGGAAGGAAAUGCGAGCUCUACGACAACAACGACGACGACAACGGGUAACACGUGUACAACGUCGUCCACGCCAAACACGAGUAUCAGUGGUUCAAGCACCAAGAAAAUGGGCCAAACUAAUCUCGUGACUUAUAUACACAUCGAGAACGUCGAUAAACUUGGCAAAACGCCAGCGCAGAUAAUGAAUGAUUUGUUGAAAGUUUACAACGUUCCGCCCGAUCGACAGAUGGCACUUUUAACACACAUAAGAUUGGCUCACAGUUUUUCGGACUAUCGAAGACGAUUGCAAUGCGUACAAGCUCGGCUGCAAGCUCUCUCAGUUCUCGUAUACAAUAAUGCUUUGCAAGAAAAUGCUCACAGCCUUCUUCACGCUGGUCUUCUCGAAGAACUCGUGGAACUCCUCGAACUUCCUUAUCCACAUCUCGUCGAAAUAAGAGCUGCUGCACUGCGUACACUUACCAGUAUAAUUCAUCUCGAUCGCAAUCCUCAUUUCCCCAAAAAACCCGGUUCUCGUUUAAACAUGAUAAUCGACGUGACCGGGGCGAGUUCCUAUCACGGUUUUUUACCGGUUCUCGUUCGUACAUGCAUCACGACUCUGACUUCACCACAACCGGAUGGUCAACCUUUCCCGUUGCCGUUAGCAACGGCGCUGUUCAGUUUUCUUUAUCAUCUCGCGAGUUACGAGGCCGGUGGUGAAGCCUUGGUCAGUUGCGGCAUGAUGGAAAGUCUUCUCAAAGUGAUCAAUUGGCCGGGCACCGAAUUGGAACACAUUACGUUCGUGACCCGAGCAGUGCGAGUAAUAGAUUUGAUAACGAACAUCGAUAUGCAAGGUUUCCAAGCCCACGGUGGUCUGGGAAGUUUUGUAAACCGUCUUGACAUGGAAAUAAAUGUGUGUAAAAAAGAACAACCGUUUGAGAUCGAGCCGACCAUGUCGUCGAAUCAAGAAAACUCCCAGACAUUGAGGGACACGAAAACUGGAGAAACCGGUGAUGAUCCGGGUCCAUCGCGUUUGUCAAACGAAGUAUUCGCCGAUCACGAGGAGGCCUCCAAUCCAAUGGAGUUUUCCGAGGAUGAGAACACGAAUUCGAAGCCUGAGCCGAAAAGCGAACAACAACAGGACUUUUCGGCAGCCCGUUCCGGCAAAACUUGCUUACCUCAACGAGCCGCUCUCCUCAAAUCAAUGCUGAAUUUCUUGAAAAAAGCUAUUCAAGAUCCCGCCUUUUCAGACAGCAUCAGACACGUAAUGGAAGGGACUUUACCAUCUUCGUUGAAACACAUAAUCAGCAACGCUGAAUAUUAUGGACCUUCAUUGUUUUUACUUGCUACGGACGUCGUCACCGUUUACGUGUUUCAAGAACCCUCAUUGUUGUCCUCUCUUCAGGAUAACGGGCUCACGGAGGUUGUACUUCAUGCUCUUCUCGUCAAAGACGUUCCUGCAACGAGAGAAGUGCUAGGAUCAUUGCCAAAUGUGUUCAGUGCCCUGUGUCUAAAUCUUCGUGGCCUCGAGUCAUUUUCGAAGCGACGACCCUUUGAGAGAGUGUUCAACGUGCUUUUAUCGCCGGUUUAUCUGUCAGCGAUGCGUCGUCGACGCAGUGCGGAUCCUUUGGGCGAUACAGCGUCGAAUUUAGGUAACGCGAUGGACGAAUUGAUGAGACAUCAGCCGUCGUUGAAGUCAGACGCGAUAGGAGCGAUAAUAAAGUUGUUGGAAGAACUGUGCGUUUUGGGGUGCGAUCCACGUUACGUGUGCUGGCGAGCGGCCGGGAAAUCGGAGAAUUCGCCAUCGAAUACCAGCGCGAAUAGUCGGCAAUCGUCGGGGCAAUCAGUAGGUGUCGGAGUCGGUGAUACGGGAGGAGGAAGAGGCGGAGGUGGAGGAAGCAGCAGCGACGAGGAGGAAGAGGAUGAGGAAGAAGCGAGCACGAGUUCGCACCCGCAGCGAGAGGAUCAACCUUCGCCGUCUCCGGCUCAACCGGGACCGCCGCCUCAACCUCGAGAAAAAACUCCAAUAGCCCUGGUCGAUUACAUUCACAAUGUGAUGAAAUUUCUCGAUGCUAUUCUCAGCAACAAUACGACCGAAGAUCAUUGCAGAGAAUUCGUAGCCCAGAAAGGUCUCGUGCCUCUUCUGUCUAUCCUCGGUUUACCAAAUUUACCGGUAGAUUAUCCGGUCGCUCAAGCCGCUCAGGCAGUUGCCUCCGUUUGCAAAAGUAUUUUGAACCUAGCGCACGAGCCUCUCGUCCUCAAAACCGGACUUUCUCAAUUGAACGAAGUUCUCAAUCUGCUGAAACCUCUUCACAAUCACAUGGAAUCACCUGGAGGCUCAGUGCUUUUGCACGAGCUCGCAACCGCGCCGAAUCUUGAAACAGCUUUCACGAGCGAUACCGCCACGCCUCUUUUACACGCUAUGAACGCUGCCCACGGCUACGUCGUCAUGUUCGUUCAUGUUUGUCGCACGAGCCAAAUCGAAAUGCGAAAUUUGUCGAUCAAUCAUUGGGGUUCCGAUCUCGGGCUCACAGUACUUCAAGGACUCUCCGAACUCUACAUGUCUCUCGUAUGGGAAAGCACUUUGCUCCUCGCCCUCUGUAGCGACGAUAUCAUACCCGCUGGUUGUGACUUUGGCAAAGAAGACAUGGACAGACUAUUGCCACCGGAAAUGAGAAAUGAAACCAGCUCCGAAACUCCCGUUUGGCCGAGUAACGUCGUCGCCGUUGGCGAUAUGGGCAGCAACGGUAUGACCACAGCUAUGGAAGCUCUUACCACCGAUCCACCACCGAUUUCCAUGGAAAUCGAUGAGAACAAACAGAGCGUUGUUGCCUCAGACAGAAACACACCGAACGCUCAUCAACUGAAGUACAUAAAACCUCUCCUCGGCGCCUCCUCGAGAUUAGGACGCGCACUUGCCGAAUUAUUCGGCCUCCUGGUCAAACUCUGCAUGGGUUCACCGAUAAGGCAACGCCGAGGUCAACAAUCGCCAAUGAUGCCAACAAUCCCGAAUUCAGCAGCGCGCGGCGUCGCUUGCGCUCUUAACAUCCUUCUAACUCGUGGAUUAUCCUGGGACAAACUUCCACCUUCACCGAUACCAAAGUUCAAGCUUACUUUUCUCAUCUGCUCAGUGGGAUUCACGUCGCCCAUGUUGUUUGAUGAAAAACGCCAUCCCUAUCAUCUGAUGCUCCAGAAAUUCGUGCAACUCGGUGGAAGGAACGCUUUUUUCGCGACCUUUCGUUGGGCCCUUUCAGGUGGAGGACAAUUCGCAUUAACGGAGGGACUUGAACAUCCUAACCUUCCGGACGGUACAGGCGAAUUUCUUGACGCUUGGCUCAUGCUUCUCGAGAAAAUGGUCAAUCCGAAAGCAAUUUUGGACUCGCCGCAUGUUGGACUUCCCAAGUGCACGGGUGUCUACAACGCGUAUCGAUCUUUCGAUCCUAUCAAAUAUCUCACGGACAUACACAAAAAAGCUUUCGAGGCUGUGAUGCUGAUGUGGGGGAAGAAACCAUUGAAAAAUUAUGGUGCUCGUAUGACCGAAUCCAUACUGUCGAUCCUGCGUCACAUACUCCGAGGCGAGAAAAUCAUCAAAGAACGCACGGAGGAGGAAGAAGGCGAUGAGAUUUCGGGGACAUCGGGAACAGCGACGAGCAGCAGCGCGACCGCCUCAACCAGAACGGGAACUCCCGCAGCAACGACCGAACGUCGCGAGGAAUCCGAUCCCGAAGUAAACCCAGAACAUUUGCGGCAACUGAUGGACAUGGGUUUCAGCCGAGCUCAUUGUAUCGAAGCACUUCUGCACACUCUGACCGUUGAACAAGCUACCGAUUAUCUCCUCUCAAACCCCGCGACUUUGCGCAGGUCCGAGGCCCCCUCGGGAGACGCGAAUGCCCAGGGUCUGAUAAUGGAUCUCGAGAUGGUCGACGACGACCAAAUAAUGCACGCGAUCGCCAUGUCCUUGGGUGAUGACGACCCUAAAAAAUCGACAGCCCCCGAAGAACCGGUAAAAGAAGUCACCAUUACAAAAACUAUUGACGAUUUCACGCACAGUGCACUCGAACAAUGUCUCAACCUUUUGGAUCUUAUGCCCGACACCGUUUAUCGUAUUUGCGAUCUUCUUGUGACCAUUGCCAAGAGAAACGGUGACGAAUGGAGGGAUAAUAUGUUGCGUCAAUUGAUCCGCGAAAUUGGUGAUUUGGUCGAUCAUUUGAUCGGCAUAGCUGAGACCCAAGACGAAACGGCUGGUUCUCGUCUCGUCGAGUGUGAAGAAGCGAACAAGGUCGCCGGUCGCAUAUAUCUUUAUACUCUCUUCUUCGAAGGUACUUUCCAAGAAAUGAGAGUCCCGUGUGCUCAGAUCGUCGAGGAUUGUUCGACCCUAGACAAACUCGUGCGUCUCUUGGUCGUCAGCGAAGGCCCUCUCACGAGCAACAAACAAAAAAUCACGAAGGAAGCUGGCAAAGAAAAUUCUACCACAACGAAAACACCAAAAUGGCUCGCACCUCUUCUCCUUCUUAUCGAUCGUUUGGAAAAAGUUGCGGUUCUCACACAGAGAAAACAAAUAAUGCACAAAGUGACCAAUCGCGUAUGGAAGUGGUUCGAUCUUUCUACAGGAAAAUGGACGCCCUAUUCGCCCAUGAAUAAUCGAUUGAUAAACGAGGCUUAUUGGGCUGGUGAACCAACCGUAAGAAUUAUUUGUUCGAGGCGACGUUAUCUCAUCAGUUUCUCGUGCAUGACUCAACUCAACGAGGACACCGAUAACAGACGACCGAUCACAAUGGGCUUCAAAUUCAACUCUACGAGCAACGAGGACGCCAGCUCAGGUUCGGACUCUAACAUGGACACGGAGGAGAGCCCUACCGAGGAAAAACGCAAUACCGUCGUUCAAGGACUCGAUCCCAGCAUAGCGCCGAGUAUAGUCCGUGCGUGCGUCAAAUUACUCGCUAUACCCGUAGACCGGGACGCUCUUCACGCUCUUAUGAAAGUUUGCCUUCGUCUGACGCGAGACUAUAAAAACGCGGCUGUGUUUGCGCGCGAAGGUGGUGUACAAUUGUUGCUCGACAUGACCCAAGCCAGCAGUUUCAUCGGAUGCGUCAGUCUGAGUACCCUUUUGAUACGGCACACGAUCGAGGAGGAGAGAACUCUUCGUUUGGCUAUGGAAAAAGUAGUACGCUCUCGUACGCAAAUCAUUAUACCACCGGCUUACAAGGAAAUACUAUUUAUGACCCGACAAAUAAGCAGUGCUGUUUGCCGCGAUCCCGAACUCUACCGCGAUGUUUGCGAGAGCAUUUUGCGAGUAGAUGUGGGAGUUCUGAAGCGCGACGAGGUCGACAACAGCCUCGUUGUCAAGGCAUUGCCUUCUAAUCAUUCUUCGGCGAUGCCAAUGGUCGAAGAAACCUCGAUAAACGUUAUUCACGAUUUAUUGAACGCUCUUAUUAAACCCGUACCCGUAUUUCCGGAGGAAAACACUGUCGCUUCAGGCACACCGACUGGAAGUCCCGAGAAAAAAAUAAAUUCCCAAACCGCUUCGAGCAUCGGUGCUACCGCGAGUACAAGCAGCAGCAAUUCGAGACGCGACAUUGUAAGAAACAGCGCAACCUCGACAAACGGACCCCUCGACGAUGACGAUCAGCUAACGCCGAUGAAAAUUUAUCCCGAUUACGUGAACAACGGCAAAAUCGAGCCCGAAGAAGCGAAAAAACCACUUUUGCCGAAAUCAGCGAUUUUGAAAAUGCUCGCCGAAUCCGUGAGAUCUUACGGCGCCGUGGCUAACUUAAUUGCCGAACAUUCGUACCGAGCCGGACAGAGCGAGAUGGUGCCCGAAAGUGUUACCGCUCUCGGAUUUUUACUUGACAAACUACUGCCGGUUUUGCCGGAGAAUUCUGGCGAUCGGCAAUGCAGCAGUAUGGCGAGAAUGGUGAUUGCCGCUAUCGCCUCGUGCAACCAUUCACCCGAGGCUCAAACCAUUCUCGUUACCGAGGUCAAAGCUGCACUUACCAGGACUCUCGGACUUCCCGAGUGCUCUGAAAAACACGCUCAAUUGCAAUUACUCAUUGGUCUCAUAUCAACCAUGAUCGAUAGUUGUCCACCAACUUCGCAGACACAAUUGCGUACUCCGCUCAAGGUUCAUCAGUACAACAACGUUAAUUACAUCGUAAGAAUAAUGCUGAGAAAAGGCAUCAUCACGGACUUGGCCAAAAUACCACACAGCCUUGAUCUUUCGAGUCCCAAUAUGGCCGGCACGAUAAAUGCUGCGUUAAAACCUCUGGAGACGCUCUCUCGCAUAAUCAAUCAGCCUAUGCCCGGUGCGGUCAACAACAAAUUACCCAAACCAAAAAUUCGCAUGGUUCAGGAAGAACCGAUCGGUGAUCAGACCGGAACCACCACUUCGGACGCCACUCAUGCCGUCGGUGAAGAGGCUAACGAGGAUGCUGAAAAUACCGAGCACGAUAUAUCCCUCAAUGCCGAGAGUCUCGAACCAACUUCGGAGAGUCAAGUCCACGAGGAAGGCGACGAAGCUGCACUUGAAGAUAUUAUGGACCAACUUCUCGAGAGUGUUUUAUUCCCCAGAGACGGCUCGGCCGUGACGGAAGAGCCGCAAUCGAGAUCUCAUAGACCAAUGGACAUCGACGAUGAGAGCCUGGCCAUGAGAGAUGGCCAGGACGAUUUUGAUCCAACUCGCGACCCAACCGUAAGAGAGGAUUUGAUGAGUUCGGACUCGGACUCUGACGGUGAUCCCUCUGAGGAUAAUGAAGACGAGGUUCACGACGAUGAGGAUGAGGAAGAGGAGGAAGAGGAUGACGGCGAAGAGAACGAGGAGGAAGAAGAUGAGGACGAGGAAGGCUCUUCGAAUUAUGAAGACGAGGGUGGAGAUUUAUAUGAUGAUGUUGGCGAAGGAGUUUUCCGUAUGUUGCCGUCAAACGAAAGAGACAGUGGCAACGUCGUAAUGAUUCAUCACAAUUAUGACAAUCCCGAUAAUAAUGCCGCAAAUCCAGCAUCAACGAGGCCGAGUCACUCCUGGAGCACGAGCUUUCCUCUCCCACUGGGGCUUUUCGAAGACGUACCGGUCACUGAGAGCAACGGUAUCGGCUCUCAUCCACUUCUGAUGGCUCAAAGCAGUCUCGAUACUGCCAACGCGCGCGCUCCGCGACAGCUACGGAAUCGCAGAUACCAAUAUCUUCAAUGGCAAAAUCCACGAAGUCCAAAUCCACCAGUUAUUUUACAAAGAUUUUUCCGCAGGCUCCUAGUACCAGCCGCUCAAACUUUACCAUUGGCAGCAAGUCAAGUAUUGGCUUCAACUUUCCGCGAUACCCGGGUCGUCGUGAUGGACAGCACUCUCGGUAUUCUUGGAAAUCAAGAGGAGGAGCAAAUUGAUCUUGUGGACCAGUCGGGUUAUUUGUUCGGUCCGAGUCUCGCAGCGACCCUCAACAACAUACCAACAGCUUUGCAUUGGUGGAUCGAGGAGAGCAAGCUUCUCGAUGGAGAUUCUCAGCCAGAUUGUUGCGUCGGUGUCGUUCACAAACUCGUACCGGGUCUUGAAAAGCGAAGAAAUGCAGAACUCGCGGAACGAAAGGAGAAACGUAAAAAACAACAUGGCGCGGAAAAGGAAGCUGAAAAAGACACGAAGGAAACGAAGGAAGCAUCGAAAAAUGGUGAAUCGGGAACAUCAAUCCUCAUACCAACUGAACAGCAACAACGGCCAUCCGGUUACAUUAUACAAAGGCCCGAUAAUACCAGAAGAUUCAUAGCUGCAGUCGAGGCUGCUUUUGAAACGGUCCGAGUUGAAAACAACCGAGACGACAACAUCAUUGAAGUAACUGGCGAGAUGGAAGUGACGGUGCAAGAUGAUGAGGAAAGAACGCCUACGCCUCCGCCGCCUCCACCUCCUCCGCCUCCUCCUCCGCCGCCUCAAGAGCAGCCUCUUGAGGUGAGAGAUCCGCGUCUGGCGAACCGUAACGCGACGCUCGAGCUGGCCGAGAGUAUAAUUGACUCUGUGUUACACCCGAGUGCCGAGGAAGCGAUGAGGCUGCGUCGUUUAACGUCGAAUCGCGAGGCAGAUGUGCCGAACGUUGUGAGAUUGGAGAAUAGGAACGAGACUUCGAGUCCAUUGCCGGUGCCUUUGUUGAGUGAUUUUGUCCCGCCAGUGGAGGAGGAAGCAGCCGCUAACGAGUCAAGAGAUCCGCAUGCUUGGGUGCAAAGGCUUAUCGCAUUAGAACACACGAGACGCGAGAGAAAUGCUAACGUCGUGGUCAGCCAAGAUCCAACUUCGUCCACGUCCGAGAGUAACGAUACGAUUCUCGAGGAGGCUCCAACAAUUUCGGAACAAUCGACACAAUUCACUGUUACACCGAGUUCCGGUUCACAGGCGAGUUCACAAAGCUCCCAACAGCAACCUCAACAGACCAGCGGUAGUCAAGAAUUACAAUUGCCUGAUGGCGUUGAUCCGUCCUUCCUGGCGGCUCUACCAGAAGAAAUGCGCGACGAAGUAAUCGCUGAACAUCUCAGACUCCAGAGAAUACGUCAACGCACACAACCAACCGUCGUCGAAGAGGUCACUGGUCCCGUCGAGGUCAAUCCUGAAUUCCUCGCUGCUUUGCCACCCGCGAUACAAGAAGAAGUUCUUGCGCAGCAGCGCCUCGAGCAACAACGUCACGCUGCCGCGUCUGCCAAUCCCGAAGAUCCCGUCGAUGCUGCCGCCUUCUUCCAAAACCUACAACCCUCCCUCAGACAAGCUAUUCUCGCUGAUAUGGAAGAAUCACAAAUUUCCGUUUUACCCCCCGAUCUCGCUCAAGAAGCUCAAAAUUUACGUCGUGAGUGGGAAGCUCGUAAUCGACACAUGAUGCAAGAAAGAUUCUUGAAUCAUGUCAGUCAAGGAAACACCGCCCUUUCGAGUAUUCUCAGAACUUCUGGUAGAGGACGCGGUGGCACUCGUUAUUCCAUCCACUCCGUACCGCAAAGAGCCCAAUGGCAGUCUUGGAAUACACGUGGUGAAACUAGCAUUUCUCAUCAAAGCGCCGGCUUAAGAUUACGCGGCAGACAACUACUCGAUCACGAGUCAAUGGCCUGCCUUCUCGUUCUUCUAUUCGUUGACGAACCCAAAAUCAACACCCUCAGGCUUCAUCGAGUCAUUAGAAAUCUUUGCUAUCACGGCAGCACGAGGGAAUGGGUCGUCAAAGCUCUUUUAAAUAUCAUGGAAAGAAGCAAUGACGAAAACAAAGAUAUUAUGGCGGACUUUGCUGGAAAAUUCAAGAGGAAAGGAUUACAUCCUGCGAUCGAAUAUUGCUCUCCAAAGUUAACGGAAUCACGAAACAAUUUGCAAUCGUGGUUGAACAUAAGCAUAGACGCGGCACUUGGCUGUAGGGCGAAUGUUUUCCACGUAGUGAGGCACAGUGGCAAAAAGUCCGACCGUCAGGGCAACGUCAUAGCUAUACAUCCACAAGCUGCUCCAACAGUUUGCAGACAUACUCUGGAGCUUUUGAUAUCCCUUGCUAAGAGUUUCCCGGGCUAUUUCGUUCCAACAAAAUCGAAAGACAACGACGACAAGAAUAAGGACAAAGAUGCUAGCGGUGCGAGCAAAGAAGAAGGAAGCGGAGCGAAACCAAAAUCAAUGACGAAAUCGGGCAAAAGCGACUUACCGGAUUUCUGGGAUAUGUUGUUGAAGCUUGAUUCUUGCGCCUCGAAAAAAGGCAAAUCCGUUACAAGAACUCACUCGAAUUCGAUCUUGGGAAUCGAGCCUGAGCAAGGAUUGACCUCGUUCGAAGCUUCCGCUUUGGGUCAAUUAAUCUCGAUGCUCAAUUGGUCCGUUGUGAGACGAAGCAGCCAAUUGACCGACAAACUUUUGCGUCUCUUGUCUUUAAUCUCGAUCGGCCUUACCGAAGUUAAUUCAUUUAGACGUCAGGAUAGUACGAAAAACAAGAAAACCGAACCCAGCAAAGAACAAAGCGUCGCAGCACCAGAAGGCCAUCUUCGUCUUGCCGUUCAAGUUCUCACUAGUAAGAGCUGCUCCGAAGAAGGCCUUGAAGACGCCACCGCUCUUCUUCUUAAUCUUUCACACUGUCCCGAUCCAACUCGACAAUUGAUACUCAAACUUUUACUUGAGGGAGCAAUGGAACUCGCUAAUAUGGUUUGCGAACAUAUUAAUGAUUUGAUGAUGGAACUGAAAGUGUUGAAUCGCGAAUUGCGUCGAAGAAAUUCGUUGGAGGAACAACCCUCUACAAGCGCAGGCGGAUCCGCACGAGGAAUUCUUCUCGACCGGUUUACACACGAUAGUGUAAUUGUGACUGCGCCCAGCAAAAUAAAAGCUGGCACUGAUCUCCAGCUACCAUCGAUGAGUGCACUUGUCAGCAAGACAUCUAGUCAGGCGUUCUUCUUACGGAUACUUAAAGUCAUUGUACAAAUAAGAGAGGCAGUGCGUUUAGCAAACAAGAAGAAAACCGAAGCGGUCACAGACGCGAUAUUAGCGGCGUCAAUAUUUUCCACAUCCACGCCGACAACGACAACCACCACAACGACAACAACAACUACGACGAUACCUCCACUACCUACGGGAACUGCAAUGGAAACUGCGGUACCUAGCCAACCUCGAAAAACACAAGCUGUCACAGAAAGCACGACGGCUGAUAACCUAGCGAUGGACACGGCUCAAGCGACAACCGCCCAGACCGAAUCCUCCGAAGGAUCAUUUUCACGAAGUGACGAGGAAACCCCGAUACUUCCGCUUCUUAGCGAAAGCCUCGUGCUAGACAACCUAUGGGAAACAUUAAGCGCUUGUUUACUGGAAUUGGAGCAUACACCCGAUCAUCAUGCCGUCCUCGUUCUGCAACCUGCUGUCGAAGCUUUCUUCCUUGUACAUUCUUCCUCGAGUACAGCAUCCCGAGAACGCAACAACGAGGGCAACGCCGAAACUCGCGAAGUUGCCCCUGAAAUGGCACCAGUCUCCCCCAUUUAUUCCGACAGCGAAGGUACCUCGCAACCUGAAGCCGCCAGUAAUACAUCUUGGGACAUUACACCCACACCUCAGAAGGCCUUACCGUCCGAUCAAUUAAAGUUCCUCAAGUUUGCAGAAACCCACCGAACGGUUUUGAAUCAAAUACUUCGUCAAACCACGACUCAUCUUGCCGACGGACCAUUUUCCGUUCUCGUCGAUCAUACGAGAGUCUUGGACUUCGACGUUAAGAGACGUUACUUCAGAACCGAGCUUGAGCGAAUGGACGAGGGAAUACGACGCGAAGAGCUCGCCGUUCACGUGCGUAGAAGUCACGUUUUUGAGGAUUCGUUCAGGGAACUUCAUCGUAGAAACGCAGACGAUUGGAAAAACCGAUUUUACAUUGUGUUCGAAGGUGAGGAAGGACAGGAUGCCGGAGGUCUUCUCAGAGAGUGGUACGUCAUCAUUUCGAGGGAAAUUUUCAAUCCCAUGUACGCCCUUUUCACUGUUAGUCCCGGCGAUCGCGUUACGUACAUGAUCAAUUCGUCGUCGCAUUGCAAUCCCAAUCAUUUGUGCUAUUAUAAAUUCGUCGGUCGUGUUAUUGCGAAAGCGAUUUAUGACAACAAACUACUGGAAUGCUACUUCACGAGAAGUUUCUACAAGCACAUUCUCGGGAUACUUGUAAAGCACACGGAUAUGGAGAGCGAAGACUAUAGUUUCUACAAAGGCCUCGUUUACCUGACUGAGCACAAUAUUUACGAGCUUGGUUACGAGCUUACAUUUUCGGCGGAGGUCAAUGAAUUCGGUGUGAACGAUGUGAGAGAUUUGAUACCAAAUGGACGCAAUAUUGUCGUUACGGAAGAGACCAAACUUGAAUAUAUCCGGCUUGUAUGUCAAAUGAAAAUGACCGGAGCUAUUCGGAAACAGCUUAACGCAUUUUUGGAUGGUUUCUACGACAUUAUUCCGAAACGACUGAUUUCGAUAUUCAAUGAGCAAGAGCUCGAACUCUUAAUAAGUGGAUUACCAAACGUCGACAUUGAAGAUCUUAGAACCAACACGGAAUAUCAUAAAUACAGUCCGACGUCGUUGCAGAUUCAAUGGUUUUGGCGAGCCCUCCGUGGUUUUGACCAAGCUGAUCGUGCGAAAUUUUUGCAAUUCGUAACCGGCACGUCAAAAGUACCGCUGCAAGGAUUUGGAGCGUUAGAGGGUAUGAACGGUGUUCAGAAAUUCCAAAUUCAUCGGGACGACAGGUCGACGGAUCGGUUACCUUCGGCACAUACGUGUUUCAAUCAGCUUGAUUUGCCAGUUUACGAGACUUACGACAAGCUGCGUAGCAACUUACUUAAGGCAAUUCACGAGUGCAGCGAGGGCUUCGGUUUUGCAUAAGCACGCGCUAAGUGGCUAUUAUUAUUCCAACGCGUGAAGGUCCAUCGUCAAGGCGACGAAAGUUCGGGAAACUCAAUAAGGAGAUUCAAGGAGAGAAAAAAAGAAAAUAAGAAGUCCAGUCCUGUUCAUUGUUACGUGUGUCCGGAUUCUCGGGCGUGUCGGAUAACAUACGUAAAAAGAUACGAAACUAUGAAUUGACAUGAGUGAAAUGGAAGGCAUAGAAUAAAAAUCACAGCCGUGGAAUCGAUGUGGCAAAAUGAUUCAAGAAAACAAAAACCAGAAAAUCACCCGCCUCUUCUCUGCUCUUCAAGAAGAGAAUAUUCAGUCGGAUUACUAAGAGCCCAUACUCACGCGUGUAUGUAUAUACUAUAAUGUAACCGAUCGAGAAUGUAAUUUAACCAAUAAUCGAUUUACGACGCUAUCGCUAUCCGAAUAUGUCAGAGUUUAUUUUGUUCAGAAGAAUCACGAUGAUAAAUGCUAGAGCUUUUGAAUUCAUGAUUCAACGAGAUCGCGAGAGCGCGUAAUGCGUCGGUUUAAUUAAGACUCGUGCGUGCAAAAGUGGUAAAAAUUAAAAAAAUUAAAGACGAAUAAGGAGGAGGAUGAUUGAAGAUUCGAGAAGAAAAUAAGAAACGGGAAGAAAAUAAAACUAGGAAGUUCACGUAUAAGUGUAAUAAGUAGGCAUCUUGGCACGAUUAAGUGGCAAAGGGGGGGAGGGAGAGGGAUUUAAUAUAAGUCGAUAAACAAAAGAAACAACAAUUAUGUAAUAUACUGCGCUUAAAAUUGAUCAGUGACGAAUCCCACACACUCACGCAUUGUAUCCGGUUCGAUAGCUCGAGUCGUACGUCACGUUUGAAGUUACAAAAGAAAAGAAGGAAUUAAUAAAAAUUAAAAAAGAAAUGAAAAUUACCAUCGACCGCCAUUCUCACGGGGUGGCGGCGUUUUUUUAAUUUUGUCUCGUCUUUGUUUUUUCGCGAUGAUCGUACACGAGCGGAGAGAAUGAGUCACUGAAACCCGAGCGAGAAGGAGAUAAGAGAGUAAGAAUGGAUGAGUGAUUGAAAAUGUGUGAACGGUGAAAGCUUGAGAAACGAACAAUAUUACGGAACAGCGAAGAGCCUAAUAAAGAAAUAAAUGAAAGCAAAAAAACACAGCAGAAGAAACAAAAAAUGAAAUAACACUAUCCACAUCACGAACGAUAUCCUGUCCCUCGACAGACAUAUGGUUGUACACUAUUAGUAUUAAUAAUUAUAAAUAAUUUGUAAUGCAUAAUGAUACUUUUUAAGUAAUAUCAUUUUAAUAUUAAUCUUUCGAAAUGUGAUGUUAAAAACGAAACAAAAAAGAAUAAACGAAAUUGUACUUUUUUCUCCCUUCAAUUUUAACGGAAUAAAGUUACAGUUCAAAUGAG